ACGCAACAGCCUCCAUAGACUUCAGCUCAUCCUAAACUCUGUUGCUUAUAUCCUAUCCCGCACAAUUGCAGUGAACCCAUCUCCCCAGUCCUUAUAUUAGCUCAUGGAUCACCAGCACCUCAAAUUUAAAAUUGUCACCUGACCCUGCAUUUCCACACCCUUCCCUUUCCAUAUAACGGACUCCAGCUCACCCAUUCCCAAAGCCGCAAUUCCUCUUCAGUCUUUUCCUUCUCUCUUUCUUCCGGUUACUUAAUUCCUCUGCUUCCCGUUAUUUAAUGGCCGAGGGGACGAGAUCUCCAGCCAGAUGACGAUCCUUAUCCUCCCUGUUCUUCAUCUUCUGCAGCUUCUCACCGACCCGGCUUCAGCACAGGUGACGAAAGACAUGGUGGCUGCUACAGGUUCCUCCGUUCUAUUCCCUGGAACUGAUAGAGAAUUCCAUAAUCUCCAUUGGGAAUUCUCUAAUCCAAGCAGGACUCUUCCCAUUUUAGAUUACGGUGUGGACUAUGAACAAAUAUAUGAUCAGUACAAGAAUCGAAUUGAAUUUAGAAAAUCAAAUGGAUUCUUAUUGCUGAAAGAUUUACACAAAGAGGAUACUGGCAAAUACAAAAUGACUGCGGACUUGGACCCGACCAGGACUAGAAUUCUAACUCUUACAGUGUAUGAUCCCCUCUCCACACCCCAAAUCACCAGAAAUGACAGCCUUGAGAAGAACAUGAUUAUUCUGAGCUGUACAGUGCAGAGCGGGACAGCCAGUUCCAUUUGGUGGACCAGAGGAGGGCUCGCACUCCCAGAUGACGAGCGUUAUUUUCUCUCCGCAGACAACAGUACUUUAACCAUUAGGAAUGUAGAGGAAUCAGACUCUGGUUAUUAUAACUGCACUAUCGAAAACCCAGUCAGUCGAGAGAGCAACAGCUAUCAGCUGUCCAUCAAGGAUCGUGAUCCCAGAGGGCGACAUGGAUUAAUUCUGGCUGUUGGUCUGAAUGUGCCAAUGCUCUUUGUUCUCGUGUAUGGCUGUAAAUUGAAGCCUUCAACAGUAUUGGUGUGUUCUCUACCACUGGCCAAAGGAGACAGCUGUUUGGGCAAAGAUAUUACAAUCCUCAGCACUUGUAGCAGGCAUCCUGGUGUUAACACAAUUUGCCUGCUCUAAGCAGCUGACAGUAAGGUGACCUCUAAUUAUAACAAUCUCAACACUCUGGUAGCUAUAGAGAAGCGCUAAGUCCAGUACGCAUUCUGAAAAUCAGGGAGGCUACCUGUACUUGAAUUAAACGCAGCUUUCAAGAAUAGAGGCUCCUUGCGAACCUGGGUAGGGUAUCAGUUAGGAGACGGAGAAUAAUGAUGGAUAUGUACUCAAAUUGGUAGGAUGUAGUUACUGGUUGCCAUGUCCUGCCCCUCCCCACUCAGGGGUCUCUACUGUGACCUCGGCUUUCCCCUUCAUUCAUUCAGUAAGGCCAUCUACUGAGAGCGUUAGGUCCAAUGGGGGCUUUAGAUUUCGUGCCCACAUGUCCGUCCUUGGCCUGCUGCAAAGUUGCAGUGAAGCCCAACGCAAACUGGAGGAACAGCACCUCAGCUUCCGAUUAGGCACUUCACAGGCUUCUGGACUGAACGUUGAGUUCAACAACUUCAGACUGUGAACUUUCUCCUCUACCUUUACUCCUUUUAAAUCUCUUUUUUAAAAUUUAUUUUUAUUUUUCAUCGCUUUUUAUUCAUUUCAUUUUAUCUUUUUUCCUCAACACCACCCGACCCCCCCACAGGGUCAUCUAUCACUUGUUUCUAUGUUGUUCUUUCACAGAGCGACUCAUGUUUUAUGAACACCUUCUGCUAUAUUACCUUUAUGCCACUAUUAGCACGACCUUUAGUCUUCACCACUACCAUUAACACUCACUUUGCCUUGUGCCUACAACAUCUUUGUCAAUCUCUCCUUAGUCCCAUCUAUCCUUGUCCUUCUGUCUUAGAUCACCUGCUCCACCCCAUCUUAAACAGUAUAAAUUCCAUCACAUCUCUACUUCUCUUUAGCUCUGAAGAAGAGUCAUAUGGACUCAAAUGUUAACUCUGUUUUUCUCUAAACAGAUACUGAAUGUGGUCCCACAGCAAUGUAGUUGACUUUUACCUGCCCUUUGAAAUGGUCUAGCAAGCUACUCAGUUCAAGGGCAGUUAGGGAUGGGCAACAAAUGCUGGCUUUGCCAGCGAUGCCCACAUCCUGUAAAUGAAAGUUUUCUUUUACAUGUCCAGUGUCUAUGACGCUAUCUCGCCAUCACAUGGAAAGGGAAAGUCACCAAGUCCGUUCAAAUAUAUAGAGCUAUUCAAGCAAGGACAUUGUUGGCUUGGGCAGAGGAUAGAACAUGGCCACAUUACCAAGGAUAUGUUGUACAGGGAGCUAACCCAUUGCAAGAGACUAGCUAGGUGUCCAGAACUCCCAUUCAAGGAUGCUGUCAAAAGAGACAGGAAAGCCCUCCACAUCCGUCAUUUAUGGUAAGUGGGAAAAUGUAGCUGACUAUCAGUGCAAAUGACAAAGUGGGAAACUCUAGCUGACUAUCAGUGCAAAUGAGAACAGCAGCUGUGGGUAGGGAUUUGCCACCAUGAUGACAUGUAGUUUCAGAAGUUGCAAAGCAGAAGACGGCCCUGAAACAAAGCAACAGCAGACAUCACCCCGCACCGCACCAUCAACAAAAUGCAGCUUCAUGAGUGGCCCUCGAGGCAGACUUUACCUUGGCUUGUUCAGACCUCAAAAGAAGAACAGCAGAAGAUCUCAUCUGGCCCCACCAAAGUCCUGCUUUCCCAUCAUUUAUCACAGAUGGAGCCAAAUGAAAACAAUCAUUUAACUGUUUGCCCUUUCCUCAUGUCUUGGUGUUAAAUUCUAUUUGCAGAUGAUCCUGUGAAGUGCCUUGGGAUAUUUUUCCACAUUAAAGAUGCCCAUUAGAUAGAAAUAACUACUGUUGCUUGCAUGAUGUAACUUUCUGUGAUGUAAGAUUAAAUAUAUGAACCUCACACCCAAA